UGAAGUAAUGCGACUGCGAUUACAUUUACACGUGAUGUAGUCAAGUUAACCAUAACAUAACAUAACAUAACAAUUUUCGGUAACUGAAACGCCAAAAGCGUUUAUCGACACCGAACGAAAGAAACGCUCGGAGCCAAUGGCGGAGGAGGAGGAAGACGACGAGAGCUUCGGCGACUUCACGUUCGCGUCGUUUCCGAGUCAACCAACCCAAAACGACACCAAUCCUCUCCACGACGACGUUUGGAGCGACUUCGUGAACCAUUCCAACGGCCACCUCUCGAAACCCUCCCACCCGUUCCCGGAUCCUCCCAAGAGCCACGUAAACGACGCCAACGCCGCCGCCGUUCAGGCUCCGAAGAAGCCUAACGGAGCUAUUCCGCUUUCGAUCUUCGGCGAGGAGGAGGAAGAGGAGCAGCAGAAACAGGAACCCGCUUCCGCUGAUGUUUUCUCCAACGGUGCUGCUGCGAAAAAGGGAUCCGAUGCGAACGGUUCCGUUGGAAUCACUGAUUUGAUUUCCAGGUUGUAUAAUCACAACGGAUCGGUUUCGGUAUCCGAUGUUGCUGCUCCGAAUCCAAGCGCCGAUGGACCAGCGAACUCGAACGGAAGCAAGUUGAAUCCGGAUGAGGAAGAGGAUGAGGAUGAGGAUGGGUGGGAAUUCAAGUCUGCGGAAUGGGAAACUGGAAACAAGAGCCACGAUGUUAAGGCAGAAGUGCCAAAGCACGAUAAUGGUGCUCUUGAUGUUGGGACUCUGUUGGAUUCAUCCAUUGGGAAUGGGGUUUCUGACAAAGCUGGUGGGUGGAACCUGGAGUUUGAGUUCAGUCCAAGUUCUGCAUCACAAGGUCAUAUGAACCCACAGCAGGUUCCAAAAGGUGAAUCGAAUGAUGUUGGAACUGGGUUUGCCAUGUUCAAUCAAAAUUUUGGGGAGUUGAGUGCAGGGUCAGGAUCAAAUCAAAAUUUGGAGGCACCAAAGAAAGCUGACAUUUAUCCCACUAAUUUUGACUUAUUCAAAUUUGAUGGUGCAACUUCCCAUGGUACUAUUGAUUCAUCUCUCACAUCAGUAUCUCAUCAAUCUGAUGAAUGGAACUUCGGAUUUAAUUUCAAUUCUAGUUCUGUGGGUGAAGACAGUCAUAGUUCAGAGUCAUACUUCAAGACCAAAAACAAUCAGGAUGAUAACAAAAGCAAUGCUUCCCCAACUAAUAUAAAUGUUGAUUCAAAUGUCAAUUUGUUUGAAUCAGGGAGUGCUGUUUCAGAAAUCGGAACAAAACACGAGAAGCCCCUAACAAGCUCAGAGAAUCGUAGGGAAGCCUUGCCUUUGUCAAUUUUUGGUGAUGAGAUACCAGAUAGUGAUGAACAUCCCGUGUCUCAAGAUUUAUCUCCCUAUACACCAACAUCCCCAGUAAGGAACAACACUAAUAGCCCUAGUUCCAACUUAUCUAUCAAUGACAUAUGGAAUUUAUAUAAUCAAGCUGAAAACCAAACUUCUCAUAAUGUGGCUCCAAAAGCAAGUGAAAAUCAGAUUCAUGCCUCCCCUGAAGUGUCAGGCUCCAGUUUGGUCACUGGUGAUGAUGACUUCUGGGACUUUAAGGAUGCUUCAACUGGAACCAGAUCUUCCCAUGAAUUUGAGCAGAAAACUUCUUUAAAUCAUGCGCAAGCCAAUGAGAAUGGGUUGCAGUAUUCCCCAACAGUUUUAAAUUCUGAUUUGACCAACGCUGAUGAUGAUUUUGAGGAUGAUUCAUGGGAAUUUAAGGAUGCCAUCUCUGGAACAGGAAGUCUGGAUCACAUAGAUUCACCACUGACACAAUUAUCAACAAAAUUAGAGCAGAUUGAUUAUGUGGAGUUUUAUAGCGAAUUGAAGGAUGAAUUGAGCAAUUAUGUUCUGUUCCAUCUUCAGAAUCUCAAGGAAACUCAAAAUGUUGCUGCUCUUUCGGGUGAAGAAGCCAAAGCCAAAGCUCUUAAGGAGGAAAUUCAGGAAUACUCCAAGAUACUGUGUCAGGAUAAUAUGAGCAUCCCCAAUGAAUAUCUCUCAGAGGAUUAUUGCCCGAGAAAUGUCCACUUUGAUGAGCUUUGUGAAGUUUUGAAGGAUGCUAAGUUCCAAACUGUUGAGUCAGAAUACCAGCUAGCAUCAAGGUUGUUGGCGGCCGAGAAGGAUAUUAAAUCAGCCAUGGAACUUUUGAAAGAUACAGUAUCAACUUUAAAUAUUCUCAAGCUGGGAUCAAGAGAAGUACAAUCUAUGUAUCUUACCAUAUGGUCCAAAAUAGCCUCUGUUUGUUCUCAAGAGCUGAAACAUGGUGCUUAUGUUUGGAAGCAAGCUGUACUACAAAAUAUCCAUGACCAGAUAUUAUCUAACCGGAAAGGUGUUCAGUAUAUCCUUGCACUCGGAGAAAUUUAUAGGGUGGCAGAAAUUAUUGGAGCUUCAGCCAAACUUUACAAACCCUGGAUGUUAUCAGGUUCCCUAGAUCCUAAAAGUUUAUGUGCCCUUCUGAAUGAGUGUUAUAGCAUAUGGUUGGAUUCAGGACUUGAAGAAGCUCUUCUGAGUAUAUCAAAUCAGAAUAACAUUGAGCCAGAUGACAUUUCAAGGGAAUUAGUUGAAUCCAUCAAGUAUAUUCACGAGCUUGAUGAGCAUGCACUUCAGAGCUAUGUCAUCUCUGGAGAACAAACUACUUGUCAGUUGUCCGCCUUGUCAGCUGGUUUCAUACCAGGGUUUAAUUUGGUGUCAUGGAAUGGGAAGCAUUACUUCGUCAAGCUUGCGAACUUGUGGAUCAAUCUAAUAAGUUCAGAUCCUCCCGAGAAGUAACACCUGCCAAUUCAACUAUGUCUCUCACAAAAAGGAGAAUAUUCCUUUCGAUUUUUCAGUGUGUUGUUUCGAGUUUAAGAAAAAUCAGUGAGAUUGUGGCGGGAUCCAUUGUUUUGUUAGUGGGGCGAGGCCUCUGGCAGCAGUUGUAGCGAAAGGAAUUGUGUAUGGGAUGCAAAUCAUGCUAUUGAGUCGGAUCAAGCAAAGUCACCGAUUAAGUUCAUUCUUUCUUAAAUAGGUUACCAUUCUUUCAGGGGAAGCUUUAGAACAAUAGCCAGAUGUUACGGGUGUAAGAUGUAUUACUAGUGAUAAUUGAAUUAUAGUACUGCAUAGAGUAUAAUUCUGGAUACGAUCCAGUUAUGCAGAGGGAAUGAUAUUGCGUAAUUAUCAAAGAUACUGGUGUUGUAAAGUAACUGGGAUUCUUCCCUUAACAAUAUUACACAAUAGUUUUUUUUGGCAUGAUUUAAAUUAUUAAUAGUUUUAGCAA